AUGGCACCCUCAAAAACGGGCAAAUCAUCCUCUAAGCCCACUAAAAAGGAGAAAGUGUUCCACCCAGAAUCACGAAAAGCUUCCCAACUAAAUCGGAAGUCUGUUCGCAAGGAAAGGCUAGGAAAUCUUGCUAUAAAUCGCCGACAUAAGUCUCAUUCAUUAGUGGACUUUUACAAGUUUUUCUAUCACGCACUUCCCCCAGAAGGUGUUUUGUCCCUUGAAGACCUACAUGACAUCGUCGAGAACAUAUGGCUGAAACAGUACGAAGUCGAAUUGGAGCAAGAGAGAGCAUUGCGGAGGAAGGGGCGGCCUAAAAGCUCUAAAGAGAUGAAGUUGGAAGAAAUGCAGUUAAGGGAAACAGAGGAAUAUAGAACGGGAUUCGAAGUAAUCGACCUCACUCAUCCCGCUACUGUCGAGCUGUUCCGUCGGUGGGAUCAGAAGGAAAUUGCCUAUAUCGAUCUCCUUCGUUUCAUCCGCAUAUCCUCGUCAAAUCCCACGUCUGUUGUUAUCUCUCGACCAGGGAAGCACGUAUCAGUUAUAGACAACAGGAAGGCAGCAGACGAGAUAGAAAUGGACCAAGAUUUAGCUGGUACCCACCGGAAAGGUUUGCGAGUAGGAUGGACCUAUGAUAUAGGAAAACCUUUAGCCUAG